AUGCAGUCUGCGGAGGGUUCACCAGACAUGAUGGAUCAGAAGUACAACAGCGUCCGGCUGUCCCCAGCGGCAUCAAGCCGCAUCCUUUACCAUGUGCCCUGCAAAGUGUGCCGGGAUCACAGCUCCGGGAAGCACUACGGCAUCUACGCCUGCGAUGGCUGUGCCGGAUUCUUCAAGCGCAGCAUCCGCCGCUCCCGCCAGUACGUGUGCAAGUCCCAGAAGCAGGGCCUCUGCGUGGUGGACAAGACACACCGGAACCAGUGCCGCGCCUGCCGCCUGCGCAAGUGCUUCGAGGUGGGCAUGAACAAGGACGCAGUGCAGCACGAGCGCGGGCCCCGCAACUCCACGCUGCGCCGCCACAUGGCCAUGUACAAGGACGCGAUGAUGGGCGCCGGCGAGAUGCCCCAGAUCCCGCCAGAGAUCCUCAUGAACACAGCCGCCCUCAACGGCUUCCCCGGCCUGCCCAUGCCCAUUCCCGGAGUGCAGCGACCCCACCACCACGCCGGCCAUCCGGGCCACCCAGCGCUGAGCGCCGCCUUCCAGACACCAGCCGCCGUGUUGGAUCUCUCUGUGCCUCGCGUGCCCCACCAUCCCGGGCACCAGGGCCACCACGGCUUCUUCUCCCCCACGGCCGCCUACAUGAAUGCCCUGGCCACGCGGGCCCUGCCCCCCACGCCUCCACUGAUGGCCGCCGAGCACAUCAAGGAGACAGCCGCCGAGCACCUGUUCAAGAACGUCAACUGGAUCAAGAGCGUGCGGGCCUUCACUGAGCUGCCGAUGCCCGACCAGCUGAUGCUGCUGGAGGAGUCGUGGAAGGAGUUCUUCAUCCUGGCCAUGGCCCAGUACCUCAUGCCCAUGAACUUUGCCCAGCUGCUGUUCGUCUACGAGGCGGAGAACAACAACCGCGAGAUCGUGGGCAUGGUCUCCCGGGAGGUGCACGCCUUCCAGGACGUGCUCAACCAGCUGUGCCACAUGAACGUGGACAGCACCGAGUACGAGUGCCUGCGGGCCAUCUCCCUCUUCCGCAAGUCCCCGCCGGCGGCCAGCUCCACCGAGGAUCUGGCCAACAGCUCCAUCCUGACGGGCAGCGGCAGCCCCAACUCCUCCGCCUCGGCCGAGUCCCGGGGCCUGCUGGAGUCCGGCAAAGUGGCGGCCAUGCACAACGACGCCCGCAGUGCGCUCCACAACUACAUCUCGCGCACCCACCCGAACCAGCCGCUGCGCUUCCAGACCCUCCUCGGCGUCGUCUCCAUGAUGCACAAGGUCUCCAGCUUCACCAUCGAGGAGCUGUUCUUCCGCAAGACCAUCGGCGACAUCACCAUCGUUCGUCUCAUCUCCGACAUGUAUAGCCAGCGCAAGAUCUGA